CACUCACGAAGCGUGUGCGUGCCUCGAGAAAGCAUCUCUGAGCCGUGCGCGAGGCAUGGGCGGCGGCGGCGGGCGGAGGGGGGCGCGGUGGAGCCUGCCGCCGGCGAGGUCGAGGGUGCUGGGGAAGCUAGGGCCCUCCUUCGGCGCCGGCGCCGGCUGCGGCGUCGGUGUCGGCGUCGGACUCAUCGGCGGUGCAGGAGUUGGGCCUGGGUUCCCUGGAUUACGCCUGGGAUUUGGAGUUGGCACCGGUUGUGGCAUAGGAAUUGGAUUUGGUUACGGUUUUGGAAAAGGAGUUGCUUAUGAUGAGAAUGGGAAAUAUUCAAACAUCGGCAGAUCAAAUCAGAAAUCUAAGGGUCCUCCAUCUGAAGAUCAGAUCGACAUCCUGGUUGAUGAGGUGAUCGAGAACACAAAAAAACUAAUCAAAGCAACAUUAAAGGAGAUUGAUAAGUGGAGGAAAGCUUAGUGAAAUUGGCACCAGGAUCUUCUGAGGUUUAGGCACAUAAGUUUGCUGAGACAUACUAUCUUGUCUCUGGUUUCAGUGAAUUCUUGGUAGGAGUCUGUACAUUGUGAGAAAUGCUGUCCAUAUUUUAUACCUGUAGCAAAUGCCUGGUUUGCCCAGCAUCCACUAGGAUGCGAUUGAAUGUGGACUGCAAUGUUGACCAUUACAUUUUAAAUACUAUACAGGAUCUUCUUUCAGAUCCUUGUAUUCUUUUUUU